CAGAGCGCUCCUGGGCUGGAAGGAGGAGGAACUGACAACCGGGAGGAGGCUCCAGCGAGGCCUGGAAGGCUACAGGGCCAAGGCACGGAAGGAAGUUCGGGGUUGGGGGGUGGCCAAGGAGCGCUACUGAAAUGCUGCUGGGGUCGUGACCGCUCGGGGACCGAGGCAGGACUUGGCCAGACCCAGCCUGGAGGCCUCUCCCUCCUCGGGCCUAAUCUCCAACGGUAGGAGAGGCCUCACCAGAAGCUCCUUUCCGUGCGGCUGCCCCAGGUUCCUGCCCAGAUUUCUGGCCAGGAGAUGGCCUCCCCGAGCCCCCCACUGGAGCCGAAGGGGUUGCUGACAUUUGAGGAUGUGGCUGUGUUUUUUACCCAGGAGGAGUGGGAUUAUCUGGAUCCGGCUCAGAGAAGCUUGUAUAAAGAUGUGAUGAUGGAGAAUUAUGGAAACCUGGUCUCACUGGAUGUUUUAAACAGAGAUAAGGAUGAGGAGCCAACUGUGAAACAAGAAAUUGAGGAAAUUGAGGAAGAAGUGGAAUCAAAGGGUAUAAUAGUUACAAGAAUCAAAAGUGAAACUGACCAGGAUCCCAUGUGUAGAGAAACUUUUGAACUUGUUGGUAGGUUAGAUAAACAGAGAGGAAUCUUCUUAUGGGAAAUACCAAGGGAAUCUUUGACCCAGGAACAGAGAAUGUUCAGAGGAAACACUAACAUUAUUCGUAAGAGACCUAACUCAGAAGAGAAAUGCCAUAAAUGUGAAGAAUGUGGAAAGGGCUUUGUUCGCAAGGCCCAUUUCAUUCAACAUCAACGGGUCCAUACUGGUGAGAAACCUUUUCAAUGCAAUGAAUGUGGGAAAAGUUUUAGUCGCAGUUCAUUUGUUAUUGAACAUCAGAGAAUUCACACUGGGGAAAGGCCCUAUGAGUGUAAUUACUGUGGAAAAACCUUUAGUGUGAGCUCAACCCUUAUUAGACAUCAGAGAAUCCACACUGGAGAGAGACCCUAUCAGUGUAAUCAGUGUAAACAGAGCUUCAGCCAGAGAAGGAGCCUUGUUAAACAUCAAAGAAUUCACACAGGUGAGAAACCCCAUAAGUGUAGUGACUGUGGGAAAGCCUUCAGUUGGAAGUCACACCUUAUUGAGCAUCAAAGAACUCACACUGGUGAAAAACCCUAUCACUGUACCAAAUGUAAAAAAAGCUUUAGUCGAAAUUCAUUACUAGUUGAACAUCAGAGAAUUCACACUGGAGAAAGACCCCAUAAAUGUGGUGAAUGUGGGAAAGCCUUUAGAUUAAGUACAUACCUUAUACAACACCAAAAAAUCCACACUGGUGAGAAGCCUUUUCUUUGUAUUGAAUGUGGAAAAAGCUUCAGUCGGAGCUCAUUCCUUAUUGAACAUCAGAGGAUCCAUACAGGUGAAAGACCUUAUCAGUGCAAAGAGUGCGGGAAAAGCUUCAGUCAACUUUGCAACCUUACUCGUCAUCAGAGAAUCCACACAGGAGAUAAACCCCAUAAGUGUGAGGAAUGUGGAAAAGCCUUUAGUAGAAGUUCAGGUCUUAUUCAGCAUCAGAGAAUUCACACCAGAGAGAAGACGUAUUCAUACAAUGAAACUAAGGAAAGUUUUGAUCCAAAUUGCAGUCUUGUUAUACAGCAGGAAGUCUUCCCUAAGGAAAAAUCUUAUAAAUGUGAUGAAUGUGGGAAAACUUUUAGUGUCAGUGCUCAUCUUGUACAACAUCAAAGAAUCCACACUGGUGAAAAGCCCUACUUAUGUACUGUAUGUGGGAAAAGCUUCAGUCGGAGCUCAUUUCUUAUUGAACAUCAGAGAAUCCACACUGGUGAGAGACCCUAUCGGUGCAGACAGUGCGGCAAAAGCUUUAGUCAACUUUGUAAUCUUAUUCGACAUCAGGGUGUUCACACAGGUAAUAAACCCCAUAAAUGUGAUGAGUGUGGGAAGGCCUUUAGCCGGAACUCAGGCCUUAUUCAGCAUCAGAGAAUACACACAGGAGAAAAACCUUAUAAGUGUGAAAAGUGCGACAAAAGUUUUAGUCAACAGCGCAGCCUUGUCAACCAUCAGAAGAUCCAUGCAGAGAUGAAAACCCAAGAAACCCAUGAAUGUGAUGCUUGUGGCGAAGCCUUCAAUUGCCGCAUAUCUCUUAUUCAGCAUCAAAAAUUGCACACUACAUGGAUGCAAUAAAUGCAGAGAACUAGUUAAGCCUAGUUUGACUUGAGACUAGCUACCGAAGUGCAGUUUCAGUAUCACGCAAUAUGAAUCAGAUUUAGUAAGCAAAUUAUCUUUGGCCUUAGGCAAAUGGUUUCUAGAGAUUCUGUGAAUAGUGGACAACUAACUGCCCACAGGCAUUUGAAGACUUCCAUUACUCUUUGUUUUAAUGACUCGGUAAUUUAUUUAAGCAUCUUUUUUUAAAUCUUUCAGGUUAAACCUGGGCUCGGAGCAUUUGGUUAUAAUAAUGAAGGAAGAAUGACAAAGUUGUUGGUACAAGGGAGCUAGGACCACCGAUGUUAGAAAGCUAGAAUAAUUCUUCACCUUAUAUGGUAGUUGUUUCAGAUCCACAGUAUAUUGGGCUAUGCGUGGCAAGGUCCAGUAAUUGACCAUAUGAUAAAGUUUUGAUGGAAACAGCCCAGAUUUUUUUUUUUUAAUUGAAUCCAAAGUUUUUGUCAUUGUUGAAGCCAAUUGUUUGGCACAUGAGUUAAAGAAAGCAGUUCCAAUGCCUUGUGGUUCUCAAAAAUGUGAAAUGAGUGGACCGUUAGUUUUACAUGUGAAGAUUAUGUAACAAACCUAGCAAAGGUGUUACCAAGGAAUCUUUGGGAGUGCCUUUUUUUUUUUUUCUUCAAGAUGGGCCCAAAAAGGUGGAGAAAGACACUAUUCUUUUUGUGCCCUCCCAUCUGUGAAAGAUAUUUGUAGUCCUAUACAAAUAAUCUUAUUCCUUCACUACCAGUAGCAUGUGAAUGUGUACAUAUUUUGAUUGCCAAGAAUUGAAAAUAAAAAGACUUGGAGUCUAUGUUAGGAAGCUGAGAUAUUUUGGUAUUGCUUUGGUUUUUAUAGUAACUAGGGUUUGCAUGCAAUUUUAAAAUACCUAUUUCUGGUUCUAGGGCUUCCCUUAGUUAAUGGUUGUUAUAAACCUAUUAAUUCAUCUGUUUUAAUCAUUAAACCUAUUUUUUUUGCUUUGUGUAAGAGUUCUUUGUUAUGUUAGUGUAAAAUCUAUCCUGUCAAAUAUAUUACUAUGUUUAAAAAUUAGAAUCAAGGAUUUAAAGGAAAUUGCUCUCACUUGUUCUACCUGUGAGACAGUAGAGAUGUCCAGAGGUAAUUGGAGUUGUGGACAUGGUGCACAGGGAAGAUAUCUGGGCUAGAAAUUGGUUUAGGAAUUCACCAAUGUUUAGACACAGAAAUGAAUUAAGAUUUAACAAGAGGAUAAAGCACAAAAAGGAAUUUAGAAAUGGAAUACCGAGGCCCACUCUUGUCUAUGUUCACAUCUCCUUCAAGAUGUAGAGACAGAAAGUUUCCAGAAGUGUGGAAAACCCAAUAUGUAGUGAUGUUGCUAUAGGAAAGUGACCUGGGAGGGUACGGAGGAGAUACCAGGGAAGAGUUGAAGAGUGCCCUUUAGGUAAUUAGAAAGUCAGUGACUUCUGUAAGAGCAGUUUAUGAAUUUAAGAACCAGUUUUCAGGAGGUUCAGUAGUGUCUGGAAAGUAUAAAUCAUCAGUUCCCAAAUACUAUCAAUUCAUGACUUCUACAUUCAAAUGGUAAAAAGGACAAUAUAGUAUCUUUGUAAAAAGCUAAAUGGAUUAAAGACCUUCAUUCUGAAA